UAUGACUUGAUUGAUUAUAUUGUAUAAUUAAAUGAGGUGAUUAUAUGUUAGUAUCAUAUAUUUUUCUAUUAUGGCCAAUUCAUCAAUUUCUUCAUCUUUAUAUUCCUACAACGAAUCAUCUGUUAGAUAUACAGAGGAACAAGAAAUGGCACUUUAUGCAAAUAUAAGAAUGAAUCUGCAAGCUAUUCAAAAAACUACUCAUAAUAUUAACCGGAAAUUUAAAAACAUACAAGAGGAAAUGAAUAUUACAGCUGCUUUGGUAAAUGCAAUUGAAAUGAAAACUCCAACAAUGAAUCAAGAUUGAUCUGCAUUCUCUGAUGGCGUGGAUUAUAUCUGAAAUAAAAGUCUGACACAUUGUCUCUGAUGCUCCCAGAAUGUACGUGGUGUUCAUGAUAUCAAAAGCUGUUAUAGUGAUUAUCGCGAAUAUAUAUCUGUGAAGUAUAUUUUGUCAAAAUUUUUUAUCAACCAUGUUUAUGUAUCAUCUUUUUCUGUUUUUAAUUGGAUUUUCCUGGUUAAGGACGACUAUGGUGCAAGGAACCAUUACAAUGACAACUUGGGGUACAGUGAAUGGUCAGGAAGUAAAAAAGUUCACAUUGAAAAAUAAAGUUGGUCAGGAAGUUGACAUUGUGACGUAUGGCGCGACUGUGACUGCUAUUAGAACACCAGACAAGCAUGGUAACAUAGAGGAUGUAGUACUUGGUUUCGACAAUAUUGAAGGAUAUCUAUCGCCAAAUAAUCCAUACUUUGGUGCUACUAUCGGCCGAGUCGCAAAUCGCAUCGGGAAGGCAACUUUCAUCGUGGACGGUCAACGCUACAACGUGUCGGUCAACAUAAAUGAAGACAGUCUUCAUGGUGGUACUCACGGUUGGAGUAUGAAAUUAUGGAACGCCACGGUGGAAAAUGAUUGCGUAGUAAUGACUCUAAUUAGUCCGGACGGCGACGAGGGUUACCCAGGAACGGUAACAGCCACGACUACCUUCCAACUGAGCGACGAUGGAGAAUUACGCAUAAAGAUGAAAGCCACCUCUCCAAAAGCAACGCCGAUCAACUUAACAAAUCACAGCUACUUUAAUCUCGCUGGACAUGCUACGAACGCAGCGGAGUUAUAUAAACAUGUAUUUAUGUUCAACACGGAUCAUUGGACCGUCACUGAUUCGGGCAGUAUUCCCACCGGUGAGAUACGAGCGGUCGAGAAUAGUGUGAUGGACCUCAGGAAUGCAACUACGCUUGGUGACGUUAUUGACAAGGUUCCAGGUGGUGGUUACGACUAUAAUUUUUGCUUGCCGCUACCACACGACAAUAGAAAGAUUAGUUUUGUUGCCAAAGUUGUACACCCAGCCACAGGAAGACGUUUAGACGUGUAUUCGAAUCAGCCUGGUGUACAAUUUUACACAUCUAAUUCUUUGCCCGAGAGGAAUGACACGGCUGUUAUAGGCAAAAAUGGAGCGCAAUACUUUAAACAUGCUGCCUUCUGUUUGGAAACGCAAAAUUAUCCUGAUGCUAUAAACAAUAAAAACUUUCCUAAUAGUGUACUGCGACCAGGAGAUGUAUAUGAGCACAUAGUUGUAUAUAAGUUUGGAGUGGAAAUAUAACAUACACAGAUUCUUCACUUAUUAUAACUAUAAAUUAUAAACUGGAAAAUCAAAUAAAUAUUAACCAAUAAAAGAUAUAUUGUACCAAAUAUUAACCAAUAAAAGAUAUUAUAUUGUCAA